UGGUCAAUGCCGACCUCUGGAUCCAUUCCUCCUUCAAAGCGCCCUAAAAUUGAGACCACCUCCCCAUUCCAUUCAAAAUUCAAUAUCUCCUCACCCAGUUCUAGGUCUGCACACCUCGCAAACCGGCCUUUCCCAACUGGUAUCCUUCAAAAUUCUCCUAUGAUUCAUUCAAGCCAAAAAAGUGUCCACGCGGAAUUGGAUAAUCCAUCUGGUGUGAUUGAAUCUCAACAAGCUCUGCUUGAAAAAUUAGAGUCCCAGUUAAAGCUGGUGAUAACUGAGAGGGAUGAGCUGGCUAGAGAGGUAAAUACGAAAGAGUCGACCAUAAGAGCCUAUGAGAAAGCAAGAGGAGAAAUAGAACAAAAGAAUUUGGCCGCGCAAAUAAAAGUGGAAGAAAAUGAAAUUUUAAACAAGGCACAAGUAAAAAAGUUGGAAUCAGAUAUUGCCGUUAUGAAAAAAGAAAUAAGCGCAUUGACAGCUCGUAUUGCUAAAAUGGAUGGUUCUAUGAGAGAGGUCGAAAAUCAAAACCAGAAUUUAGAAAAAUGCAAGCUCGAAUAUCAAGCUCAGAAUUCUUUGCUAGAAUCGAAGCACAACAUCUCCCUUGUUUCCAUGGAGAGGUUAAAAAAGGAACUAGAAGAGCUCAAGUACCAAAAAGACCUUCAAGAGCAAGAUUUUCGGGAUAAGAUGAGGCAUGAAAAGUUGCUUGUAAGUUCUUUGCGACAAGAAAUCAGUACAUACGAAGCGAAGAUUUCUAAGACGAUUGAUGCUUCCUCUAAGGUGCAGGAACUCGAGCAAGUUGUGCAGCAUCAGAACUCAAGAAUUUUAGAAUUAGAAAACAUCAUCAGCGAGCAGGAUAAUCGCUUGAGUGCAUUUAAGAGCUUAAGUAAUCAUCUUGAGAAGGUAGAACAACUGGAGCACCAAUGCAAGAAUUUAAACGCAGAGCUCCAGAUGUUACGGGCGCGAGAAUCUAACAUUGCGCUGCUCAAGGAGCAAUUAAAAAAUGCUCAGCUCGAGCUUCAGGUUAUGAAGGAAUCUACAAAAGACUUCACUCGAAAUAAGUUGGAGCUCGAGAAGCUGAGUAUAGAAAAUGCCUCUAUGAAGUCUUUGCUGGGUGAGAUUGAAGGUAUGGAAGAAAGCGCAUCUAUCAAGGAGGUUCUUAAGGACCUGAAUUGUCAAAGUCGUCGACUUAUGAACCAGAAUGGCGUUUUAAAUGCUGAAAACAAGAGAUACAAGGCGAUGGUGGAGAUAUUAGAGACCAAUAACAAGGAUUUACAGAUGAAAGUGUUGGAUCUGAAGGAACUACUGAGGUCUUCAGAGGAGAGCGUUCGACAUAAGGAGGUCAUUAUUCAAGUGCUAGAAGAUGAGAAAAAGGGAUUGAACGAAUUGCUUGACUCAUACCAAUCAUCAGCGGAGUCCUCGUAUGAUGAGUUGAAGGUAGAACGGGCCAAGCAGUUACAGGAACAGGUUGAGCGCAAAGACGAGAUGAUAGAAGAGCUACAGAAAGCAAUGAAAGAAUACAAAAAUCGUCUUUUUCAAGCCGAACGGCAAAAUAGAAAAGUUUGGGAUGAAAAACAGACGUUAGAACAUAGGCUCGGAAGAGGGGAUUAUAAUCGUGAAGAAGUGAGAGUUGUUCAUUUGGCGGUCACACCGGCGAUGAUUAUGGAACGACGAAAAAACGAAGCGGAGCUCAAUCAAUGGCGAGCACAAGCAGAGUCUCUUCGCAAACAACUUGAAAUGGUACAAGAUAACAACGCUAUUACGGUUGCUAUGAGUCAAUGGACAAAACUACAGAGCGAGGUGGAGGAGUUGAAAUACAAAAAUAGGGAGCAUGAAGUUUACAAAAAUAGGCUGUUAACCAUGUUCAAAUCAAAAGUGGACAUUUUUAAAGCCGUCGUCUGCCACGUCUUCGGAUGGACAAUCGAACUAGAUGAAAAGGCCGGACAAGUCGUGAAAAUAAGAAGUGUAUAUAGCUUACCGAAGGAUGAUGAAUAUUUGAUGUUUUGUUAUCAGAAGAACCAAAUGAUCAUGCUUGAAUCUCCUUUUUCUAAAAGUCUAGAUGAAAGCAUUACGUCUUUACUUUCGAAAAAGCAUUCAUUGGCAGGUGUUGUAGGAAAAAUAACGGUCUCAAUGUUUGAAAAGUACAGAUGCAGAACAAGGUAAAAAACUGGUGAAAUGUGCUCCCAAAAUCAGAUAAAGCGUUAAUUUUCAGUCUGUCUGGUAGGCGAUGCGUUAUUUUAUGCCUUUCUCGAAUGCCUCUGCUUGCUUGUUGAAUAUUUCUGACAUGUAGGUCACUGUUUUGUGCAUAGUCUCCAGAGAUUCUUCGAAUGUCUCGAACGCCGUCUCAGGCGAGUCUACAAGAAUGAUUUUAAACGUCAGUGGUUGACACACACCAUAGACUUCUCCCAACCCUUCUCUGUAAGCUGCACCUACCUGGAAAGUUUUGUAUACGUAAUUGCAUGACCUCGUUUAGGGGAUGGGGGAUGUCAUAUCCGGCAUAUUCAACGUUUGGACUUCGCCCAAUAAAGAAAAAGUGUCACACGUCCAGCGUAUCAUCUAUCGUCAAUUCUCCGCGUUCUCGGCAACCCAUCGAAAAAAAUGUGUAUUCUAUUAAAAAAAAAAAGCGUACUUUUUUGCCAAUGUAUACCGCAAAAA